CAUUGCAGGCUUCGUUUCGUGGCCGAGGGGCCGUCCGCAGGCGGCCUCCGGGACCGCAGGAGAGGGACCGGGCGGUGCCCGGAUCCUCGCCGCGCUGCUGAACGCGUUUUUGCUCCCGGCCAGUGACUCCUCCUUCCCGAGCCUCAGUGUUCCCGGGUGUGGAGUGGACGCGGCGCGUCUCUGCACCCCGCCUUCGUCCCACGGUCCCGGAAGGAGGCGUCCCGGUCCCCAGGCGCAUUUGAGACCGGGGAAGACAAGGCCGAGUGCGGCCAUCGACCCCGGUCGCCCGCCCACUGGGGCGUGGGGUUCGGAUGAGCCCACAGGCUCCGACGGGGCCGCGGCGUCGCUGAUGGACGUGGCGCAGGUGAGCCGGGUGCCCCAGGCCCUCACCCGCCGGGGUCCCCGCCCUCGUGAUCCUGGAGCCGCGGCGUAGGGAAUAGUGAUGUCGCCACAGCCCCGUGACCUUCGAGGAUGUGGCCGUGUACUUCUCUAAGGAAGAGUGGGGGCUCCUUGAUGCAGCCCAGAGGCACCUAUACCACAAUGUGAUGCUGGAGAACUUUGAGCUCAUGACUUCACUUGGUUGUUGGCAUGGAGUGGAAGAUGAGGAAGCACAUUCCAAGCAGACUGCUUCUGUAGAAGGGGUGUCACAGGUCAGGAUUCCCAGUGCACAUGCUUCCACCCAGAAGGCUGACACCUGUGACAUGUGUGGCCCAUUCUUGAAAGACAUUUUGCACCUGGACGAACAUCAGGGAACACAUCCUGAGGAGACCCCCUACACAUGUGGAGUAUGUGGAAGAGAGUUUUGGAUCAGUGCAAAGCUUCACCAGCACCAGAAGGAGCACAGUGGGGAGAAGCCCUUCAUAUGGGACAAGGGCAGGAACUUGUUUGUGAAGAGCUCCAUAGUCUACCUGUCAGAGAAGCUCUUCACUUGUGGGGAAGAUGGUAAGGAUGUCUCGGACAACCAUGACCUCCUCCAGCACCCAGCCACUGACAGCAGCGGGCACCCAUGUAGGAGCACAGAGUGCCGGGAGGCCUUCCCCCACAGUUCCGGUCUGGGACAGCUCCCAGAAGUGCAUACCACACAGAAACUCUUCAAGUGCAGUGCCUGUAGAAAAGACUUUGGGAAGAGCUCCACUCUCCUCAACCACUUGAGAACUCACUCUGAGGGGAUACCAUUUAGAUGUUCGACAGUUGGAAACUCCUUAGAGAAGAAAUCAACUCUUGUUAACCACCAAAAAUUUCACACUGGAGAAAUAUCUUAUGUGUGUGAGGAGUGUGGGAAGGCCUUUAGUCACCCAUCUAAACUGAGGAAGCACCAGAAAUUUCACACUGGAGUGAAAUAUUAUAAGUGCAGUGACUGUGGGAAAACCUUCAGGCACAAACUCACACUUGUUCAUCACCAGAGAGUUCACACAGGAGAAAGGCCAUAUGAGUGCAGCGAAUGUGGGAAAGCCUUCAAUAACAGGUCACACCUCACUCGGCAUGAGAAAGUUCACACUGGAGAAAGGCCUUUUGAGUGCAGCAAAUGUGGAAGAGCCUUUAGCCAAAGCUCCAAUUUCCUUCGGCACCAGAAAGUUCACACCCAAGUAAGACCUUAUGAGUGCAAUGAAUGUGGUAAAGCCUUCAGCCGCAGUUCUGCUCUCAUUCAGCACUGGAGAGUUCACACUGGAGAAAGACCUUAUGAGUGCAGUGAGUGUGGAAGAGCUUUUAACAAUAACUCUAACCUUGCUCAGCACCAGAAAGUUCACACCGGAGAACGGCCUUUUGAGUGUAGUGAAUGUGGAAGAGACUUUAGCCAAAGCUCCCAUCUCCUUCGACAUCAGAAAGUUCACACUGGAGAACGGCCUUUUGAAUGCAGUGAAUGUGGGAAAGCCUUCAGCAACAGCUCUACACUCAUUCAGCACCAGAAAGUACAUACUGGGCAAAGGCCUUAUGAGUGCAGUGAAUGUAGAAAAGCCUUCAGCCGCAGCUCCAGCCUGAUUCAGCACUGGAGAGUUCACACUGGCGAAAGGCCUUAUGAGUGCAGCGAAUGUGGGAAAGCUUUUGCUCACAGUUCCAGUCUCAUUGAGCACUGGAGAAUUCACACAAGAGAAAGGCCUUAUGAGUGCAGUGAAUGUGGGAAAUUCUUUAGCCAAAACUCCAUUCUCAUUAAACAUCAGAAAGUUCACACCGGAGAAAGGCCUUAUGAGUGCAGUGAAUGUGGAAAGUUCUUUAGCCGGAAGUCUAGCCUCAUUUAUCACUGGAGGGUUCACACUGGAGAAAGGCCUUAUGAAUGCAGUGAAUGCGGGAGAGCCUUCAGCAAUAACUCUCACUUGGUUCGUCACCAGAGAGUUCAUACACAAGAAAGGCCCUAUGAGUGCAGUCAGUGUGGAAAAGCCUUUAGUGAAAGAUCCACACUCGUUCGACACCAGAUAGUUCACACCAAAGAAAGGACUUAUGAGUGUGGCCACUGUGGGAAAAUCUUCAGCCGCCUAUGCAACCUUGCUCAGCAUAAAAAAAUUCAUACCUGAACCGAGCCUGAUGGAAAUGGCCUUUGUAAGAAAAAUCUUAAGCCAAGUCAAAUUUCAUGCAGUAGAAUACCCACAGAGGAAUUACCUACAUGUACCACUAAUAUAGAAAAGCCUUUGGAAGCUACUCUGCCCUUUCUGAGCAGCCCAGGAACCUGGGCAGAGCUGUCUUCCCCGUGGAGCAUGAACCUCUUUCCAGGCUGCCUGGAUCCAAAUAUUUGCAGCAGUCAACUACAUAUGCUUGGAGAAAACAGCUCCCUGUGCCUCCCUUCCUCUUUCCUGGAGGGAAUCUGGAUUGUCCUGGGCCCUUUGGAAUGGCUUCAUUCCCAUUGCCUCUGAGAGAGUUAGGGAAUGAACUGACCCCACACUAGUGAAGAAGCCUUGAAGAAUGUCAAGUUUGGGCUUCUUAAGAAGAUGCAUGUUCUUCAUGGAUGUGGUCAAGUCUGCAUGUAAUCCCAGUGACGUGUCCAGUAAGCCCACAAAUCACCCUCCCCUGGCACCAUCUACCUUGGUCUGCUCUAUCCUGUGUGAUAAUAAAGACUUUAUUGGUCAAGUCACCUUUAAUCUUGGGGGUUGUGUUGGGGUAGGCUGAGAAAAGAAAUGGGUAGAGUAGGGGAUGGCCAGUAGGGGGCACCCAACAGCAUCUGCCUCAGGGUAUGGUAGGAAUACGGGAACUCACUCUGUCCUGUUGUGGCCUACUUUGCAUUGCUGCCUGAAGGACUGGGAAAAACUGAAGGGCUCGUGGAGUGGACACAGUGGCCUGUUUCAGAGUUAACUGUGGCCACAGCCCACCCUGAGGAAGGAG